GCGUGUGAAGCGGCAGCCAAUCAUCGCGCUCCCUUCGGAUGCUGCUGAAAUUUCUCCACCGCCACUCCCCUGCCCCACCACCCAUUAACCCGCCACCACCAGUCCCUCCUUAUUGCCACAGAGGGCUCCUCCUCGUCCCCGUUUCCCAGAGCCUCUUCAAUCGUGCCCCGACUUUCUUUCCCUGCGUCCCGGAGCGCGCUUGCGUCAGCGAUCGCCGGCCGUCGUGGGCAGCGGGGAAGGGAAGUGAACGAGGUCUUUUGUUCUCAUGGCGACCGCUAACGGUUUCGCGACAGCCAUGGCGGGGACGACUGUGGAGAGCUUUCUCUGCAGGACGCAGAGGCCCUCUCAGCUCGGUGUCGGUGGUGCCUCUCACCGGCGACCCAGAUUCCCGAAACCGAAUGGCAGACCGGCAACGGUGAGCCCCAGAUGCGAAGUCACGUCCAACGUGGGGUUGCAGGACUCCAAGGCCUCGAGUAUAUCUGCACUUGAGCAGCUGAAAACCUCUGCCCUCGAUCGUUACACGAAGGAAAGAAGCAGUAUCUUGGUAAUAGGGCUUAGUGUUCACACGGCUCCGGUGGAGAUGCGUGAGAAGCUUGCGAUUCCUGAAGCGGAAUGGCCGCGUGCCAUUGAGGAGCUCUGCAGCUUGAACCAUAUAGAAGAAGCUGCCGUUUUGAGCACGUGCAAUCGGAUGGAAAUUUAUGUGGUGGCUCUUUCUUGGCACAGAGGGAUUUCAGAAGUCAUGGAAUGGAUGUCCAAGACAAGCGGUAUUCCUGUUUCCGAGCUCAGGCAGCAUCUGUUUCUGCUUCGUGAUAAUGAUGCUACACAACAUCUGUUCCAAGUAUCUGCAGGACUGGACUCUCUUGUGCUUGGGGAGGGCCAGAUUCUUGCCCAGGUUAGGCAGGUCGUCAAGGUUGGCCAAGGUGUUGUGGGGUUCGGAAGAAACAUUAGCGGGCUUUUCAAGCAUGCUAUCACUGCAGGCAAAAGGGUCCGAACAGAAACUAACAUUUCAGCGGGAGCUGUUUCAGUUAGCUCAGCGGCUGUUGAGUUGGCCUUAAUGAAGCUGCCGAACUCUGAUCCCAAUUCUGCUAGGAUGCUAGUGAUAGGUGCUGGAAAAAUGGGAAAACUAGUUAUCAAGCAUCUAGCCUCGAAAGGGUGUACUCAGGUGGUGGUGGUGAACAGAUCAGAGGGGAGAGUUUCUGCAAUUCGUGAUGAGAUCAAGGAUAUUGAGAUAGUAUACAAGCCUUUCACAGACAUGGCCUCCUCUGCAGCUGAAGCAGACGUAGUGUUCACCAGCACAGCUUCGGAGACACCAUUGUUCUCGAAGGAAGAGGUAGAGAAACUCCCACCUGCCAGUUCAGGAGUUGCGGGUGUCAGGAUGUUUGUCGACAUAUCAGUUCCUCGCAAUGUUAGUGCAUGCGUAUCUGAACUUGAUUCUGCUCGGGUGUACAAUGUGGAUGAUCUCAGGGAAGUGGUGGAAGCCAACAAAGAAGAUCGCUACCGGAAAGCCAUGGAAGCUCAAGCUAUCAUUACAGACGAGCUGAAGCAGUUUGAGGCAUGGAGAGAUUCUCUAGAAACAGUGCCCACGAUAAAGAAGCUGAGGGCUUAUGCAGAAAAAAUCCGAACUGCAGAAUUAGAGAAAUGCAUGUCGAAGAUGGGUGAAGAUAUGACGAAGAAGGAAGUGAGGGCUAUUGAUGACCUUAGCAGGGGCAUUGUGAACAAGCUUCUCCAUGGGCCCAUGCAACACUUAAGAUGUGAUGGCACUGAUAGCCGAACCCUGAGUGAAACUCUUGAGAACAUGCACGCACUUGAACGGAUGUUCAGUCUGGAAACUGAUUUGUCUAUCCUGGAGCAGAAGAUAAGAUCUAAGGUUGAGCAGAGCCAGAAGUGAACUAUCCUUCCCCUCCUGUAAUUUUCUGAUACUCAUCUUCGGUGUCUGCAUUCAUACCUAUUGCUCCAAAACUGAGUGCUUAAAUAAGAGGAAGAUUCUCCUCAGCUAGUUUUAUUCAUGGGAGCUUGUAGAUUCUUCAAUCUUUGAGAAGCUAUAUCUGUAUUCUUGUGUUCCUAUUUCUGCUAAGACACCUUCAAGCACAGCAAGAAAAAUAGGAGGCCAGAGUCAAGUUCUGUACCAUAAGAGGUAAUUGGGCUGCUAGGGAUAGCGGUGAUGUGUUUACUUCUGAGAGCUAAACUUGUUUCAUGUAAUUUAACAGUUGUUUGAUUUUAGUUCAAACUCUUUUCCCGUUAUA